CCGCACGGUGAUGUUGGAAUAUGGGUGACAGAAACGCCGAUAGUCGUGUGUUUUUCGGGUGAAUUUGGAUAUAGUGCAAUAAUCGGGAAGGAUAUACGCAUGUAGAACUCUAUUGGAUAUGUACAUUGUCCCAGUGAUGGCGAAGAGCGAAGGAUUUUGGUGGUUCUUGGGCUUUGUUAUGAUACUAGGAUGUGUUGAUGGGGUGAAGAUUUCUUUCAAUGACCCGCAGGAUGGAUUCUUUCUCAAGUCGGCCUACCGAAAGUUUAAGCCCAUGGACCGUACUCGAGAGAAGGAGGCAUUUAUCCUCACCCACCCGGCUGAGCUGUACAAACUGCGGGCCAGCUACGGGCCGUUUGAGGACUACGAAGCAGUUCCGAACUUGUUUGUACACACCGAAUAUAACGACGGUCAGAACCUCAUGCAUCGCCAGAUUCUAUUCAACAUGGAUGUCAGUGCUCACAUAGUCACGGACAAGCUGACGCCGAAAAGUUCGCUGCUGCAGUUGCUGAUUCACGCGCACCCGAUUGGGCGGAAGAGCAAGGAUUUUGGCGGCGACGGUUAUGACCAGCGAUGGUGUGGACAGCUGUUCGUGGAGAAUGGGGAUCAGCAGUUGUCAUCGGUGUGCGUGCUGAGUGAGAAGGACAAGACCUGCGUGACGGGAAUUGACCUGCCCCAGGAAUGGUGGCACCCCAACGUCAGCGACGUGUCCGUGUUUUACGACAUUUCACGGGUGGAGCAGAAUCAGGAGUGUGCCAGUGCGUCGAACUCAAUAGUGCCAGCCCGGUCAAUUUCGAACUCGUCGAACAGUAGGAAAAAGUACAUCGCGACGGUGGGUUUGUUGCCGACGGAGAAUAAGUUUGACGAGCGGCGGGAUAAAAACAUUGUGUUCAGAAUACCGACGGAUCAGGUUUAUCCCGGAUCGAAGUUUGAGGUGCCCGUCAUUCUGGAGAGUGGGUCGGAUCUGCAGGUGAUCGUUAUUAAGGCUAAAGUUGGAAAUGUGUUGAGAGUACGUGGAGCCACAGUUUCGGCAGACAGUCCAUGGAGCAUUUACGUGGAGACCAACGACCGCCACCGGAUGUCAACCGUCACAGCGUUUGUCAAAGACACAGUCAAAUUUAACAAUGCAAGACGUCAAGAAGUGUUUAAGUGGCAGUUUGAGAUUGACGACGAUGUCAAAGGUGAAGAAACGGGCAGAAUUAUCUGGACCAUUGACUAUGAGAAAAAUGCCCCAUCACUGCAGUCAUAUUAUCCAGCCAGGAAUUCUCGGGUCACAACCAGAGUACGAAUUGCCAAGAGGCACCAGGAGUGGACGGUUCCAGUUUUAAAAGAUCAUGAGAUGCUCAACACCGCCGUCUUGACAGGCCAAAGGUUGUUGUACCCGCUACACAUCUUUGCCGUGAAUGACAUCGGCACAUUUCACGAUGUCACUCACAUGACGGCCUGUCACUCAUCCGAUCGAGAUGUUCUCAAGGUGCUACCCGAUUGUUCCAUGAUAUACCUGGACGGUAAUGAGACGAACGGCUCGCACAAUGUCACUGUGAUCGCCAAGACUGGAGUAUACACGUCCUUCCUGUUCCUUCGUGUGUGGGUUCCCGAGAGUCGCCUUGACCUUCAACUCUCGGACAACAAGCUCAGUCAGAUUCGGGGAUGGAAGGUCCCCAGAUACAACUCACGCAGCAAACGUGGGGUGGAUUUUGGACUUCUCACCCAUUCUGGCUUUUACAUGAAGGACCGUGGUCAGAAGAUUGACCGUCAUGGCUGCCAGCUGCGUCUGCAGCAGUCGCUGGUUGAGGUGUACACUCGGUUCCACAUCGAGUCAAACAGCCGCAUCGACUACUACAAGAACCGCAAGGCCUACUUCAGGGUCACCGACCUCGUCAAGGACCGAAUGGUCAUCACAGACCCAGCUAUAGCAACCUUGGAAGGGAAGAUUAUUCAAGGUCGUGGCCAAGGUCGAACAGAAAUUCAGGUUCAGUCUGCGUCUGGCCGAGUGAUGGCUCGCCGUGAGGUCCGGGUGGGUAAGGACAAGGUGGUCAUCGAGAGGCUGCUGGUGCGAGUGAUCAGCGGAAUCACCAUGGAAAUCACAGACGAAAGUCACCUCCCUGGCACGCUCACUGCUGUGGUGCACCUACAGGAGAAACUGGUCGCCAUGCACCAGGAAGCCGUGCUGGAUGUUGUUAUACAGUACUCGGACGGGACAAGCUUUCCACUCAAGUACGUCAACCAUGAAGACUACGACCUCAAAGUGACCUCCCACAACCACAACAUAAUUGAUGUUCCAUACCCGCAUGCUUCAUAUCAGUACGGAAUCCGGGCCGUCGGCGAGGGGAGCGGGGAGCUAGUCAAGGUCAUAUUCCGACUCGGAGGACUCUGUCCACGGAAACGGUCGCGGCCCUUGGCGACGAGCUUCGUGUACGUGAAUGUCGACUUCUCGAAGAAGACCAACUACCUGGACCGGCUGCAGAGUGACGGCAACUACGACAACCGUGCCAGCGACCGGUGGGACAGCAACGGUGAUUACUACUACACGGCCGACAAGACCAUCUUCAACAUCCACAUCAACAAGAACCAGCAUGCGAAGGGCCGCAUGAAGACCAAGCUCAACAAGUUCUCCAAGGUGAGCAAGGAGAACGUCAACCCGCAGGGCAUCCCCAUCGACCUGGCUCUGGAUGACCUGCCUGAGUCCAACAACAACAACAACCCCAAGACCGAGGCCCACCAGCAGCCCAUUGCAGAGUUGCAGGGGUUGUCUCCCCUGGAGAUCGGGAUGUACGUCCUGUUGGCAGUGUUCUGCGUAGCCAUUCUCGUGUUCACCAUCAACUGCGUCGUGUUCAUGAUGAGAUACCGACGGAAGCGCAUGCCCAAGGUGUCCAAGGAGUCUGUGAAGCAGGCCAAUGACUGGGUGUGGAUCGGCCGUUCCACGCUCGAGCGCAACGGCGCCAACCACACACGGUGCUCCCAGACGCUGAUGCCGCAGGAGGACUUCAACGGCAACCAGAUGCUGAUGCGGCCACCAAGUGGCAGCCACAGCUGCGACGGCUCCAACAGCGGGAGCAACAGCAACAAUAACAGCAACCGCAACAGCACCGUGUCCACGUACAAAGGGUCCGAAUGUAGCAUCCGGAUCACGGCCAACCCGUUCGCAGAGAACGCCGACCCGGCAAAUAUGAAUGACCCUGAAUGGGAUUACGAGGCAAUGGGCAUGACGUAUGAUCAGUUGAUGGAAUAUUUUGACAAUUUGAAAGAAUCUACGGCAUAAAAGCAGACCUUUUUUUUAAAAAACAAACAAAAAAACUUGUAAACAAAUUAAGUCAGUCAUGAAAAAAAAGAGUAUGAUGAACAAAAAAACAAACAAUUGUUGUGAAACUUGUGCUUUCAGAUUGUGUCUGGGUUCAUAGAGGAAGUAACUCUGCUGUUGGGACCUAUCCGUGCAAAGAUUUGCCCCAUCGGAGCUUCUUGUUCUUAACUUAAAAAGCUUGCAUCAUCCCAUGUAAGGGAUGAUGAUUUUCUUCUGCGGUUGAUGAUGUCAUCAGAUGUUUAUAAAACAAUUCUGGACAGUGAUGUUGUGAGGUGGGGAGUUGGGGGUGGGGAGGAUGGGAAUCAUAAUUAUGAAUGUGGUGUUUUCUGGGUGUUUUGGGGGGGGGGGGGGUUCUUACCAGAUGAACUUUGUUUAUGCAAUUAUGGUGCAUUGAGUUGAAUUUUGUUUUGGUUUAUGAUUAGUGGUAUGUUAUGUUAUCUCCAUGAUGUACUUCAGUUGUUAAAGAUCAUGGCUUCCGUUCUCGACAAGACUGGAGUUUGAAAAAACAAAAACCGAACAGAAGCACAAAAACCAGUUUGCUGCCAUUGUGAUGAUAGCAAAGCUAGUUUUUUUGCAUCCCAUAUUCUGUUGCAAGUCCAACAGAUGGAGAUGUUAAAUGGUGUGGAUUGGCAGCAGCAGGCACUUGUUCUGUUUAUGGGGGAUGCCAAACAAAACGAGUCAUCAGUGGGCAGUAAUAGAGAAUUUGAUGUUAAGUUUUGUUGAUUUUAGUAAAGCGUGUCACUUAUGGGCUUAUAUGCUUAAUAAAAUCUUUAAGAGUCUGUGGACUGUAGUGUCAAAUCAAAACCAUUAACAUGUUCAAAUCGUGAUUAACAACAAAAAUACUGGGGACAUUAUACAAUGCUAUAAACAGACAGUGUGUCACAUAUGGGCUUAUAUGCUUAAUAACAUAUUUAACAGUCUGUGGACUGUAGUGUCAAAUCAAAACCAUUAACAUGUUCAAAUCAUGGUUAACAAAAAUCCUGAGGACAUUGUACAAUGCCAAGACAGACUUCAAAACCAAUGCAUAUAUGUUCUUUCACUUAGCAGGUCAUUAAAACGUACAUUCGCGAUCACAAUGUUGUUGCCUACCAGAAAAAUAUACCGUAACUGUUUUCAGAUGUGAUGGCUUAAUGUGUCUUUUACUUAAGGAAGAAAUGGUGACACAUGAUUUGCCCUGUCAGUUUGUUCAGAGUUAGUCGGCCAAACUUCAGACUCUUUAACAUUUUAAUAAGCAUUUGAUCCCUAUGCAUGUAAAGCAUAACUUUUUUUCUUCUUUUUUUUUAAUUGUAAUUUUAAAUAUAAAAAAAAAAAAAUUGGUUUGACUGUAAACUUAGCAUUAUUCAUUUUUUGUUUUAAACUUUUUGUUUUAAAGAUCUCUGGAAGAUUAUCUAUGAACUAGAGACAUUUGACUUGUCAGUCGCUGGCUGUAAGGCCGUUUUUACACGGACAAUUUUGGUUUGGUAUCGGUCGAUACAGAAAUCGACCAAUCUGAGGGCAUGGACUAACGUUGAUAUUUUCUGUGAUUCAUUAUUGUUGAAGUGUCAUUUAUGAAGAACUUUUACUGUUAAGUGUUGUUACUUUUGUUCACCAAGUAUUGUGUGUGUGAGUGUGCACCUGUACAUAUUGAUUAUCAAACACAUAUUUUUUCUUAGCAAGGGAGAUAACUCUUGCUGGCUAGUUGGCAAGAUCCAGGAUGGUGGAUCUGAGAAAAAAAAUCUGAUUUGAGGAGCAAGAAUAUUGUUUCGCUGGCCGAUUGGUUGGGAAAAUUGGAACAAGCAUAUUCACUACAGCGGUGAUGAUUGGCUGAUCACCACAGUGUAGAACUGUACAUAAUACUCAAUAUAAAUAUAUCUUGCAUGUCGAUAUAUUUGUAGCUGAUCAAACGACCACAGUUAUGUGACAAUCAAAUAUGUACCGGAGUUAAUAUUAAUCAUAGUGCACAUGAUAUUUAUCAGUCACAUGAAACCUACAUCCGAUGUGUGUGCUGUAGUAUAUUUCAUGUAGUACACGUAUGUGCAUCUAUAUUUCAUGUUAUAUUGUCAUCAGCUGUUGUAUGAAAUGUGUAUACUAAUUGUAACAUUGACUUGUUGACACACAUAUUUCUUCGGUCUUGGCAGUUUUCUAUAGAAUACAGUACUGUUCAGCCUUUAAGAAUAUGGCUGUUUUUUUAAAGAUAACUAUUUCAUGUUUGAUGUGUAACUAUAUAUUUAUCCUAUAACUUACCCAUAAUGUAAAUGUCAUAACACAUUUGAUAUUUUGGUGUGUUAACCCUUUUAAUAUACCUGUUGCUGUCAAAGGGUCAUUUGUUUACUAGUAAACCAAUCUGUACAUCUGAAAGUAACUACAAUUAUGCCAAUCUUGAUGACGAUAUAUUACAGGUGAAGACGAUUUUAGACCUAAUUACUAAAUAUUAAAUGAAUUUUUUUUUUUAAAGUGUAAAAUAUCAGCCUCAUCUAGUUAUUAAGUAUUUGUCUUGGCAGAGCCUCGACGAAUUUAUACAGCUUAACAUAGACUUGCUUGAUGUUUUUCUUUAUUAAAAACUGCUUGUGAUGAAUUCCUGUAUAUACUUGGCGACAACAGAAAUGUGAUGUGCAAAUUAACAGUAAGAUAUGUUGUUUUAGGUGGUGAUGAGAUAUAGAACAACAUUGUUAAAAGAACAAUAGUUUUUGCCACGAGUCCUUUUGUAGAUAGUUUUUUUCUGACACGAGUCUGGAGAAAAUCAGUCAUGGAGCAACAAAGAUUGAUUUUCUUGAGACAAGUGUCAGAAAAACCAUCUACAAAAGGACGAGUGCCAGACAUAUUUUCUAGUUCAGUCAGUCUAAUAAUUUUAGUAUAAUUAUUACAAAAUUCACUGUGCAUUUAUUUUUGUACAGUGAUGUUGCAUAUUACGUAACGUUACAUAUUACAUGAUGUCUCGUAAUAUGUUUGCUAAAAGCAUCACAUAAUCAAUAGGUAGCAACAGCUGUCUACCUACUAAACGACAAGACUGAUUAACCACUGAAAAGGGCGCAUUAGCUGUAAACUAGAAGGGCAUUCCUGUUGACAUAAGAUAAUUUACAUUGUGCAGAUCCUGUACAUGUACAUUUUAUUUGUAUUUACUCACAUUUCUUUUGUCGCUCAGUGUAGAUGUCAGAAUAUAUUGAAUUGUUCUUUUAAUAGUGCACACCAUCAUAUUGAAAAAUAUGCUUAUUGAAAUGAAGCACAGAUUUGUGAGUAUUUCACAUUUAAUAACAGGUACUUUGAUUAUCAUACUAGAGCAGAAACAUGCUGUUAUCAGUCUUGUUUUCAAGGAUUACACACACACACACACAAACACAGAUAUAUAUAUAUAUAUAUAUAUAUAUAUAUAUAUUACUAGCAGAUACUAGUACAUGUUUAUAUACAUGUACAUACAAACGUGUGUACAUACAUGUACAUAUUACUACAUACAUACAUAUACACACAGACACGCACAUGUAUUUGUAUGUGUAAUUAGAACACUAGGCUGUUAUAAAUUAAAUUCUAGAUUUUCAUCCAAUUUUUUUUUUCAAAAUAGGGAUCGGAGUGAAAUUUUAUUUUAUAUUUCCAGGACUUUGGAAAUACCACUCAUUGAGCAAAAACAGGAGUUUUUAGUCUGUACUAAAACGGAGGUGGGCAGGGAUGAAAAUUUUGGAUUUAUUUUAUAAUGGUCUUAAAUGUCAAUUAAAGCAUAUUCUUUAUUAGUUAUGUGUCAGGCGCCUACUUGUGUCACUGUAGUGAAAUAAUGCUACACAGUAGUCUUGUGAUCUGAAUGUAGUUUGUCCAGUGGUUAGAGAUGCUGAAUAAGGUUCAUUGUUCAGAUUUAUUUGUGGUCGUUAGUAACAGUAGACAGUGGAUUUCAUCUUCACGUCAGUUUUUAACUUAUCAACUCGGGGAUAAUUUAACAAGAAUUACCAUUUUGGGGCAGAGAGGAUGAAGAGUUUCAAUAAUACCAACUUACUAUUUUAAGAUAUUGGUUUUAGAUCGCCUUCAAAUCUCAUCUGAUAUCCCUCUAAACAACCCCUUAAAUAGCCAGUUAAACACCCUUCUCCCUAAUGUAUCUGAUCGACCCCUAUUAUCGGAAUAUUCAUUGCAUGGAGUUAUCAGUUGAAAAAUAGCUGCUUUGUUUAAUAAAUAGAGUUGCUGAAUAGUGAUGAGAUUUCAAAUGAGGAUUAAAUGUUGCGAAGUUGAUAAUUAAAAAAAUAUAUAUUUUCUUUUUAUGUAUUUAAUUAUCUCAUCACUUAAAUGGGAAAUUAUAUAUUAACUUUUGUUAGUAACUUUUGAAGAUGAUAUCCACUGUUAUUUAUUUUUUAGGCAUCCUUCCAAACAAGCCCCAACAUGUAUUUGCAUUUUCAUUGUCUGCUAACAUUCAACAAGUUAUGAAUUUCUGACAAUUUGGUUUUCUCUUCUAUUUUUAACGUCACUCAUGCAACAAAUGAACCAUAUGCUGUACUUCUGGCUUUGUUUUGAUUUCAUUGAAUUUUAAAUUCAAAUUGAUGCACUUUGGAAUGUUGAUACAAACAAUUUGAAUAUUAUUGAAUUCCUACAUUGAACACUGUACACAUUCUCCUCAAGACCCAAACACAGUUAUAUCUCUGCUUUUGUUUUGCCGACAAUUCUUGUGUAAAGGCGACGUCACAUGAUACGAGUGCCUUGCAUGAGAACAGCCGAUUGCAUAUCAACUGAUGAUUCGGAUGAAAUCGUAAUGUUUAUCUUGUCACAAUCGGCUGUUUUCAUGGCUAUUCUCCAACGAAGCAUUCGUAUCAUGGGGCAUCAUGUUAAGUCCGAAUCAAAUUCAUGAUGGCUCGUUUGUAAGAAUGUGUGACCUUGUAACGAAUGUAGAUCUGAGUGUUGUGAAUACAAUGUUACUAUGUCUGUAUUGGUGCUCCCAGCCGUACGUGUACAGUGUAUGUACCGGUAUAUAUUAAAUAACCACCUAUGUUAUAGUAAAUUACCUCUCGUCAGGUCACAACUGAUUGAAUGAAUUUAUUUAUAUUCAAGUAGCACUAACACAUUUUUAUUAUUAUUUAUAUAUACAAAUUUUUGUAUUUUUUUAAAACCUAAGUUCCCCAAAAUAUUAAUUCACUUACUAGUGUUUAGUUAAUUACCUUUUACAAUAUUGUAUUUACGGAACUCUCAUCUUUUGUGAACAAAACUUACAAUGAAGUUGAAUAUUAAGAGAAUUAUUUUAAUUCAUGAUGUAAUUUCUUUCCAGUGAUUAACACAAAUUAAAAAUUAUUUCAUAAACAAAAGAAAGAAAGGAAAGUAUAAAUUAGAAUUGAUUUGUGUGGCAGUAUAUUUGUGUACUGCCUAUUAAAACAAAAUGAAUUUGACUAAUAAUGAUCCUUUUUUUCAAUAACAUUUAAAACAAAUUAUUUACUUUUUUUCUUCAUUUACUAUUUUUUAUUUAUUAUUAUUGUUGUUUUUUUUGCAUAAAAUUUGUUUUUACAUUUAUAAACAAAACCAGAUUUUAACAAGUUUUUUAAAACUAAUUUAUAGACAUUUCCUUGUUUUUACUGUUUAAAUAUCGUUUUUAAUGAAAUAAUUUCAUAUGGGAUUGAUUUAUGAACCUUAAGAACAUGUUUGUUAAUAUAAAACAUGUUACUUUUGUGGCAUUUAUUUUGUUUGUUCCACUGGUUGUGUAGAUGUAAGCAUUGUUAUUGAUUACAUGUCUGUCCAUCAUGUUAUUCUGUUCAAUAUGUUAUUUGAUCUGUCCAUCCGAUGUGUUCAGUGUUUUUAGUAGACAUGUAGCACACACGUUUGUGAUAACUUCCCAUUUCUGUUCUCACUACCUUGUCUCCCUUUUUCUACUCUCAUGUUUCACCCAUUCCUUUUAUAGGAUCCACACACAGUAUGUUUAUAACUAUUAUACUUUUAAAAUAACAUACUGAAACUUAAUAUGUUCUUGGUAUUUAAAACAAUUUUUAUGAAAUAGAAGCAAAUUGUAAAUUCAAACCAAUAUUACAGUUUAUUUUAUUUAUUAUUUAAUAUAUUUUAAAGAAAAAAAAAUUUGAAGGAAAAUUCUUUCCCUACUAUAUGGAAAAUGAAUAUUGUUGUUUAUUUCUGAUAUAAAUUAUAAAUAAAAUAUUUGAAAAUGGUUAUGAUAAGUGAAAUCAUUUGUAUCAUUUCUUACAUUUCUUUAGAUUUAUUGUAAUUAUUUCAGAAAAUAUAACAUUCAGUAAAUUUUGUUUAUGUUUUUACUUUAUUUUAUUUAACUUUCAGACAUGUUCAAGUGAUUAAAAUAAUAAUAAUAAAUAAUUUAUAUGAUUGGUUGAACACCAUCCAUGUGGCUAGCUUCAAUGAAGUAUUUUCUGUAGAACAAUUUGAGACGUAAGACAAGGUUGUUCAUUAAAUGCAAGCUUGUUCAUGCUACAGAUUUAUUCAUCAAAGAUUUUUAAAUGUUAUUAAAUGGUAAAAAUAAAAUUAAGUCUUUUUUGUUGGUACUUUGGUUAAUUAUUGUCUGGUAAUUUUCUAUACCCCUGGUGGGGAUGGGGGUCUUAUUUUUAAUGAGUUCAUACCGUAUAUAAUUUUCCCCUUUUAUUUUUAUUUUGCUAUCUUUUUAUCUUUCAUUUUCAGAAUAUUUAGUUUUUAUAACAUUCUCUGCAAGAGUAUCUAUUUAGCAGUCUUUUCUCUUGACAUCAUCAUCUAUCCUUUGUGUUAUGUUAAAUUUAUGUACACAAUGCACGUGUUAAUUUGUGUUUGUUAUUAUUAUAAUUUUUUUGGGAUGAUGCACUACGUGUUUGUGCAUUGUUCGUGACAGAUUAGGUCAACUGUCAAUAAACCAUUUCAUUAUAA